GUGUGCGUUUUCCCCUGGUGUGUGGGUGUGCUGAACAAGUUGAAAGCCGCCUCGCGUUGAGUAGGUCCAUCGCUGCUAGCCAUUUGCUUCAAGGCAGCCAUCGGCUUCGCAUCGCAGGGGCCUUUUGUUUCAGGCCCAACCGCUUUGAAGCAAUGGGAGGAGCCAGCUCCUUCAUGGCGUUGCUGGCCAUCUCUGGCUUCCUGGGCGCCACCUGGACCGCCUCGAAACUCUCCCAGGCCGUGGGCGUCUCGGACAUCGUGCUGGUCAUCGUCACCGGGGUGCUGCUGGGGCCCGAGAUGGGCGGCCUCAUCAGCACGGAGUACUCUCAGUGCUCCCACGCCCGGCACGCCAAGGAGUGCAACAUGGAUGAUUCUGGCGUCCUCACGGACCACCUGAAGGCGAUCCAGGAACACGGCAUCUGUCACCCAGACGACUACUCGGGCAACGAGUCGCACCGCCGCCUGGCAGGCGGCAGCUAUGCCAGUUUCGAGGAGUGUUUGCAGAAGAGCUGCCACGCAGAGAUCAGCCACGGGUGCCAGCUGACUCCCGACGUCUUCACCCUCUUCGGCCAUGCUGGGGUGGCGCUCAUGAUCUUCGAGAGCGGCAUGCACUUCGACUUCCAGAAAGCAAAGGUGGUCGGCGUGAAAGCCAGCAUCGUGGCCGUGCUGGGGACCUUCUUGCCGCUGGUGGCCGGAACUCUCAUCACCAUGGCCUUCGGCAAGCCCUUCUUCCCCGAUGGCGUCGCAGCUGGCACGGCUUUGGCUCCCACCAGCGUGGGCAUCGCGCUGCGCUUGUUGGGAGAGGCCGGCGUGCUGAAGGAGAACUUUGGGCAGGCAAUCAUCACCGCUGCAUUUGUGGAUGACAUCCUGUCCUUGGUGCUCUUCAACAUCCUUUUCUCUCUUGGUGGCGAGUUCGACAUCGUUGCAGUGGUGGUCAACCCCGUGGUCGGCGUCGUCUUGAUGAUUAUUGGCAUGCUUUUGGCAGUGUUCUUCUGGCCGAAGUUCAUCAAUGGCUGGCUGCUGCCAAAGAUACCCGUCAAGGAAGGUGCCAAGGUCGCCCGCACCGACGAGGCGUUGUUCCUGCUGAUGUUUGUCAUUCUGUUUGCUUAUGCGGCUACAACCCAUUUCCUAGGCACACACUUGUGGGGCUGCUUCAUCGCCGGCAUGACCUUUGCGACUCUGGAACCGAAGCAUCACGCUCAUCAUGUUUGGCUGAGGCAAACCAAGCGGACGACUUCUUGGCUGAUUCGGAUCUUCUUCGCCAGCACCGUCGCCUUCUCGAUCCCCAUCUCUCAGCUGGUCUCCCUCGAUGCGGUGUGGAAGGGCUCCAUCAUGGGCAUCGUCGCCUGCAUCCUCACCAAAGUCUGCUGCGCACCCUUCAUGGGAGAUGCCCGGUGGGUCAUUGGCUGGGCCAUGGUUGGCCGAGCUGAGUUUGCGUACUUGAUCGCCCAGAUGGCUGCAGCUGCCAACAUGCUGGAUGAGGAGAUGUUCUCCAUCGUGAUUUGGGCCCUGCUCUGGGCCACCGUCUUUGCCCCCUUCGUCUUCCGCCACGUGCUCAACAAGUAUGUGAAAACCCACGGCCUGGAGGACAAGGGCCCCGACGCCUCCUUCUUUGAGAGCGCCUCCUGCGAGCAAUUCCAGGCCUACGACUUGGAAGGCUCAAAGGAGGCGGCCGAAGAGGCCGAAGAGGCCGAAGAGGACGAAGGGGCCGACCCCGUGGCGCAAAAAUCCGAUGGCUUGAGUGAUCGGCAGACAAGCCUGGGGACAAGCAUGGGGAUGAGUGAGAGGCAGACCAGUGCCGCAUCCACAAACAAAGCGGCAUUGUGAUGCCAUACUUUUAAAUUCCGGCAAGGCAUUGCUGACAUGAGGGUGGCAGGUUUUGCUUUGAGGGUUUCGACUGCUAAGCGCUCGAAACCACUGCACUGAGCUUUUUUGAUGCCUGUCCACUGUUUCUUAUGAGCUUAAUAGCUUGCGUUUCAUGGCUUGGUCCCAUUCUUAAUAGUCUAUUGAGAUCUGUUCUGUGGCUCGAUGCGUUCC